CUACAAUCCCGGGCCUCCCCUUCGAAAACGGGGGGUUGGAACCGGUGUCUUGGAGAAGGGGGUAGUCAGCAUAUAAAAGGAUCUCCGCCAUCUCCCUGAACUUCAAAGAAGACUUGAAAGGAAGCUUACACGCUAACGUGCGCCAUACCCGGGCGAAGGAGGGUUUAUUUAAACCCAGUCCUAGCAAGCGAGAGUCAUCUCCCUUAUUCCUUGAAGCCUCCUCUCCCUUACCGAUUCUACCUCCGAAAACCCCUAAAAUUCUUUCUUUCUAUCUCUCAAAGAAAGAAGAAGAGAUGGGGAUAAUAAGGAGUAGUUUCACGUUCAUGCUGGGAACCGUGUGCGGGAUUUACGUGGCUCAGAACUAUAAUGUCCCGAACAUCAAGAAGCUCGCCAACACAGGGAUUUUGAUGGCCAAACACAUCGAAGAAAAUUACCGGAAGCCGAAAAAGAGGGGCGACGAAGAUUAGCUUCCGCUACCGCUUCUGGAAUGUUCUAGAAGCAUUAGGAUUUCAGGUUAUGGGGAGCAUUUGGAGCUUUGGUAUUGCUGAAGCUGCACGAUUCUGCUACAUUUUUUUCUGUUAUAUAAUUAACCAAUGUAAUCCCAGGAUUUAUCACCAAGAGAUUUUUU